AAGCACCAUACGUGCUCUGUGAUCGGCUGCUCAAAGCGUUUCAAGCGACUUGAGCACUUGAAGCGGCACAUCAAGACCCAUACCCUGGAAAGACCCUUCAGCUGUCCCUAUCCCACCUGUACGAAACGGUUCUCGCGCUCCGACAACUUGGGUAAG